AUGCGUAUCCCAGUAGUGAUGUUGUAUUUCCUCGUCGGAGUCGCAUUGCAUUCCCAAUUAUUAGCCCGGCCGAGUCUAUGGGAAGGAGCUACCCAGCAGCUUCAGCCGUUAGUUGGUGAAGCAGGAAGACCAAAAUUUAUUUCUCAAUUUCCAGAUGUCUUGGACAGCAGCAACGUUCAAAUGGCAGCGGCAAGCUUCGCGCCCGAAGACGCCGUAUCAUAUCACCGUCCAGAAAAGAGGCCCAAGAUUAGUCAGAAAUUUGAUUUAGGGAGCUCGGUAUCAUCCCACUUGGCACAAAUGAAUUAUGGCAUGGGCAGCUUCCAGAAGGUUCAUGACUUGGGAAACGUGCCUGUACCAGCAGGUACAUCGGCGUCUCACACUUCACUCUUACCACCUCCCUAUCAUAUGGCUGAGACAUCAGAAACCGCAGGGUUACCACUUCCUGAAUCCGAUAACCUCCUUCCUGGAUACAACUGGAAUAACUUUCAUGAAGAGCUGCCUGCUGGGGAACAGCCACUUCCAUCAGCCGAUGUUACCCUCCAUGGGCCAUUGCCAUCACCUGAUUCCCUUCCUGGGUCACUUCCAUCCUCUGAUGUUGGCCUUCCUGGAAAUGAUGAAAACAUUCAAGGAUACCUGUCGGCUUUACCACUUCUGCCCCCCCAGUUUGCCCUUCCUGAAUAUUUUCAAAACCUUCAUGGAGGCCUGCCUCAUUUUCCUCCUCCCCCCUCUGAUGUUUCACCUCCUGGAUAUUUGGAAUACUUCCAAGGAGAGCUCCCAACUUCAGUAUCAGCAUCAGACCAACUGUUGCACUCUAUGCCAUUUUUUCCCAACUGUUGGCAAGCUGAACCCUCUGGUCUUGAUUAUCAUCCCAAAAAUUUGCAAUCUCAUCAUUCCAAUGUCCAAGAGAAGCAACCUUUUUUUGAAUCACAAAAUGAACUCAGCCAAUAUCUUCUCCAGGAUGAUAGUAAGUCAAGAUAG